CUCCCAAAUCACAUCCUACUCUCCUCCUCGUUCACCAACCCGCAGCAUGAUCUUUGCGACCUUUGCCCUCUUCGGCCUCAUCGCCACCUCAAGCGCGAUCGGCCCCAUCGCAAAGUUCAGACCCAAUACUCCCCCAGCUCGUCCGCAGACGCAGCCCAAGCUGCCAAACCCCAAUAGCAACAAGCUCCCGUCCCCUGCAAAGCCCGCACCGGGGCAAGAGCAAGUCCAAGCGAACAAUGUCGGUGGCCUGGACAAGAGGCUCAAGGAAGCGCAGGACAUCAUCAACCUGAGCGAUAUCGGCGAGGACAUCGAGGAGGCCAUACUGGGAACCGCGCAGUCGACGACGGUGAAGUGUGAGCAAACAUUCGUGGCGAUGAGCCCCGUGCCGCUGCUGAUAUAGCCAGCACCAUCCACACUGAC